GGAAAUGCGUUAGCCUCUUCUUUUUCUUCUUUGCGACACUCAAUGCACAUUACCAAAGUUUCGUACGAUAUAUCUUCUAUCAUCUUUCAAUGAGAAAAAGACUCCAGCCUUAAUAUAAAGCCCACUUUCGAUACGUUUUUUAGGCCUAUGUUUGAACGCCAUGAGACAGACAUCUCGUACCCAGCGGCCACAGAGCAGAAACAGAGGGCGCCAGAAGUCCAUGCAGCAAUUGAGCAUACGACAGACAACGAGAAUCACAAACAUUAUAUAUACCACACCGUGGCUGCUUGGGGGUUAACAGCGACUCUGAACAUCAUCCCAGAGCAAGUCAGGAGAGGAUCUGAGAACGGGGGAUGUUGGAGGAUAUAUCCAAUAUGCAACGCUGUUGCGCUGCGGAAUCAAAAGCACUUGCUUUGGCUCGGAAAUCGAGGGCAUCCCUGCGAGAUGUUCCUGAUACUGGUUGCGACAACAACGCUUAUACACUGGUACUGCGUGCUUCGCCUUUUCAGCCAGCCGAAAUGGAGGCAUAAAUAUUUAUCACAGACAUUAAUGGCGACAUUCAUCACUCUGAUAGCUUUGGGGGGAAUCGUUCAAGACUCGGCCACAGUCUUUCUUCGCGUUUUGCCCGCCGUCAUAGACAUGUACGCCUCAACAUGCCUCGCUCGGGAUUAUCUAGACGGAGGGUUAUAAAGAAUAUUGGAGACCGUAGCAGCUUCUCAUACAGCGAGGCUCAUGUGUUCUGAAAAGGCAGAGGCUGUGUAGCAAGGGUGAAUCUUUUCGCAAGUUUCGUGUUGUUUGUUUUCACUUGGUUUUCCAUAUAUGCGGAUAUAUAUCGUGUUGUCGUUUUUAUUGUCGCCAUUGCUUCUUCAAAUAGGUAGCUGAUGACAACAGAAUAUGUACUUUUC